UCUUUUCAGUCUGUUACUUUUGAACUAAGACAAACACGUAGAGAACUGCAAUACCAUUUGGUAUACAUUGUUAUGACUUUGAACGGCAGAAGGAGGUGGUGUUUCAGUCCAAAAUAUGAUGUCAGAUGGACAGUUUUCCUCACCAUAUUAUGUAUAUGGUGUACCAUUUGUGGAGCUUCAUCUUUAACUACUGCUGCACCAACCACACAGAUUUCACAAACAGCCAAUGAUGUUUGUACAAUAAAAACUAAAGGAUCUAUUGGCCCACCUAUGACCACUAAACAAAAUCCCAAAUGUACAGCUGUGACUUUCACACCUACACUUCCUACAACAGGUCCAAAUUCAAUGUCUACAAUGUUACCUUCGAUUACAACAGAAUCUGUAAUUAUAACAACAACAGAUAUGAUUCCCACGUCUAUACUCGGAUCCUUAUCAUCUACAACGGCACCUCCAACAGCGACAGAUGCUGCUUCAACAACAAAUCUUACUUCAACAUUAAUGGCAUCUUCGACAACAGAAACAUCAACAACUGUAGAUGUGAACCUCACAACCACUCUUAUACCCUCAGAAACUACAUCACCAGAUGCUACUCCAGCAACAACACUAUCUUCAACAUCUGAAACUGCAGAAACCACAAUUGUGACUCCCACAAUCAUUCUUAUAUCAUCAGACACUUCAACAGUCAGUGCUACUUCUACAUCAACAACACCGUCUUCUACAACUGAAACUUCAACAGAGACAGUUGUAUCUCCCACAAUCACUCUUAUAUCUUCAGAAGCUACAACAACAGUAAGUGCUAAUACUACAACACCAUCUUCAGCAACUGAAGCUUUCAAACCAACAUAUGUGGAGCCUAAUACCACGCCUACAUUCUCAGAAUCCACAACUGCACCUCAAGCCACAGAAAGUGCUGGUGCCACAAUCCCAUCUUCAACAACUGAAACUUCAACGUCUACAGUUGUACCUCCCACAGUCAGUCUUAAACCCACAGAAACUACAUCAACAGAUGCUACUCCAGCAACAACACUAUCUUCAACAUCUGAAACUGCAGAAACCACAUUUGUGACUCCCACAACCACUCUUAUAUCCCCAGAAGCUACAACAGUCAGUGCUACUUCUACAUCAACAACACCGUUUUCUACUACUGAAACUUCCACAGACACAGUUGUAUCUUUAACAACCGCUCCUAUAUCCUCAGAAGCUACAACAACAGUUAGUGCUACUACAACAACAGCAUCUUCAGCAACUGAAGCUUUCACAACAUCGUAUGUGGAGCCUAAUGCCACACCUACAUUCCCAGAAUACACAACUGCACCUCAAGUCACAGAAAGUGCUGGUGCCACAAUACCACCUUCAACAACUUCAACAUCUACAGUUGUAUCUCCCACAAUCACUUUUAUACCCACAGAAACUGCAUCAACAGAUGCUACUCCAGCAACAACACUAUCUUCAACAUCUGAAACUGCAGAAACCACAGUUGUGUCUCCCACAGGCAUUCUAAUAUCCUCAGAAGCUACAACAGUCAGUGCUACUUCUACAACAACAACACCAUCUUCUACUACUGAAUCUUCAACAGCCGCAGUUGUAUCUCCCACAAUCACUCUUAUAUCCUCAGAAGCUACAACAACAGUUAGUGCUACUACAAUAACAGAGUCUUCAACAACUGAAACUUUCAAAACAACAUAUGUGGAGCCUAAUACCACACCUGCAUUCCCAGAAUCCACAACUGCACCUCAAGCCACAGAAAGUACUGGUGCCACAAUUCCAUCUUCAACAACUGAAACCUCAGCGGCCGCUGUUGUGACUCCCGUAACCUCUCAUAUAUCGGCAGAAACUACAACAAUAAAUGUUACUCCAACAACAGUUUCGUCAACCACUGUGACUUUCAAAGCCACAGAUGUGAACCCCAAUACCAUUCCUGCAUCAUUUACAGCUGCACCUCCAGCAACAGAAAAUCUUGACAAAACAACUCCAUUGUCAACAACAAAUGAGGUUUCAGUAACAACAGAUGUGACUCCUACAUCUGAGUCUUUAUCCUCAGCACAUGCAACUACAUCUUCAACCUCAACAAAUGCUGCUCCAACUGCAUCUUCCACCAGUGAAGGUUAUACCCCCACAUCUGUGACCUCCAUCCCUACUCUAAUACCAUCAGAGAUUACAGCAACAAAUGAAGCGUCAAUAUAUUCAACUUCACUAGUAUCUCUAAACACAACAAAUAUGUAUCCCACCAAUACGCCGGUUUACAAGACAACAACCAAAACUGGCACAGCAACAACAUUUGUCACUCCUACAACUAUGCCAAUGUUUUCAGAAAUUACAACAUCAUUUAUAGCAGCCACAUCUUUGCAAAAUGCAACUACAAAUGCAGUGACAUCAAUUCGAAUUUCAGAAACUCAAAAGCCAACGGUGUCAAUAACAAGCCCUGAACCAACAAACAUAAUUGUUACACAAGAGACAACUACAUCAUUGGCAGUGUCAACAACUGAUUCUACACAAAGAACAACUGUUACAAUGAAUUCGGCCACAGUUGAAACAAACCAAACAACAGCUGUGAUCACAAGCAGGCUGUUAUUCAACUCCUCAUCUCCAGUCCCCAAUAAAGCGCUGGUCCUCAAUGCUGUCAACACUCUUCUCACAUCCAGACAGUUAUGGCUUGAUAAAUCAGUGAAAAUUGUCAAUGUCAUCUUUGAGGAACUCUCAGACACCUCAUAUGCCAUCAUCUUUACAUUUGAUCUGACAAAUAUCAGUAUUCCUGAAGACCCUGUACUGAAAAACAAGAGCUACAAUCAAGUGGAGAAUAAUGUCAAUAAUGCCCUGAAUACUCUUCUGAAUGAACCUUCGAGUGCACCUUUACAACCCAAAUCAGCAAACUUCACGAGCACAUCUAACCACAUUGAGGGCAUUAUGAGAUACACAUUCCAGGAUGAAGAUGUCAUCCAACCAGUCAGCUUCCUGAAUGAACUUCGUUUACAGACAGCACCGACGACUACAGCGGCCAGUUCCACUGUGACUCCUGCAAUUACAAUAUCUGGUUCAGCGGUGGUCACAAGCAGGUUGUUGUUCAACUCCUUAUCUCCAGUCCCCAGUAAAGCUCUGGUCCUCAGUGCUGUCAACACUCUUCUCAACUCCAGAGAACCACAGCUCAAUCAAUCAGUGAAAAUUGUGAACGUCACCUAUGAAAAACUCUCAGACACCUCAUAUGCCAUCAUCUUUACAUUAAAUCUGACCAAUAUAAGGAUACCUGAAGACCCUGUACUCAAAAACAAGACCUACAAACAAGUAGAGGAUAGUGUCAAUAAUGCAUUGAAUAGUCUUCUGAAUGAACCUACAAGUGCACCUUUACAACCCAAAUCAUCAAACUUCACGAGCACAUCUAACCAGAUUGUGGGUAUUAUGGGAUACACCUUUCAGGAUCAAGAUGUCAUCCAACCAGUCAGCUUCCUGAAUGAACUUCGUUCAUUGACAGUAGUGACAACUACACCGGCCAGUACUACAGUGACUUCUGCAAUCCCAAUAUCUGGUUCAGCGGUGGUCACAAGCAGGUUGUUGUUCAACUCCUCAUCUCCAGUCCCUAGUGAAGCUCUGGUCCUCAGUGCUGUCAACACUCUUCGCAACUCCAGAGAACCACAGCUCAAUCAAUCAGUGAAAAUUGUGAAUGUCACCUAUGAGAAACUCUCAGACACGUCAUAUGCCAUCAUCUUUACAUUUGAUCUGCCGAAUAUCAGCAUUACUGAAGACCCUGUACUCAAAAACAAGAGCUACAAUCAAGUGGAGAAUAAUGUCAAUAAUGCCCUGAAUACUCUUCUGAAUGAACCUACAAGUGCACCUUUACAACCCAAAUCAGCAAACUUCACGAGCACAUCUAACCAGAUUGAAGGCAUUAUAGGAUACACCUUCCAGGAGGAAGAUGUCAUCCAACCAGUCAGCUUCCUAAAUGAACUUCGUUCACAGACAGCAACGACGACUACAAUGGCCAGCUUCACUGACACUCCUGCAAUGCUAAUAUCUGGUCCAGCCGUGGUCACAAGCAGGCUGUUGUUCAACUCCUCAUCUCCAGUUCCCAGUGAAGCUCUGGUCCUCAGUGCUGUCAACUCUCUUCUCAACUCCAGAGAACCACAGCUCAAUCAAUCAGUAAAAAUUGUGAACGUUACCUAUGAGAAACUCUCAGACACCUCAUAUGCCAUCAUCUUUACAUUAAAUCUGACCAAUAUCAGGAUGCCUGAAGACCCUGUACUUAAAAACAAGAGCUACAAACAAGUAGAGGAUAGUGUCAAUAAUGCUUUGAAUACUCUUCUGAAUGAACCUACAAGUGCUCCUUUACAACCCAAAUCAGCAAACUUCACGAGCACAUCUAACCAGAUUGAGGGCAUUAUGGGAUACACCUUCCAGGAUCAAGAUGUCAUCCAACCAGUCAGCUUCCUAAAUGAACUUCGUUCAGAGACAGUAGUGACAACUACACCGGCCAGUACUACAGUGACUUCUGCAAUCCCAAUAUCUGGUCCAGCCGUGGUCACAAGCAGGUUGUUGUUCAACUCCUCAUCUCCAGUCCCUAGUGAAGCUCUGGUCCUCAGUGCUGUCAACACUCUUCUCAAAUCUAGAGAACCACAGCUCAAUCAAUCAGUGAAAAUUGUGAAUGUCACCUAUGAGAAACUCUCAGACACCUCAUAUGCCAUCAUCUUUACAUUUGAUCUGCCGAACAUCAGCAUUCCUGAAGACCCUGUACUCAAAAACAAGAGCUACAAUCAAGUGGAGAGUAAUGUCAACAAUGCAUUGAAUACUCUUCUGAAUGAACCUACGAGUGCACCUUUACAACCCAAAUCAGCAAACUUCACGAGCACAUCUAACCAGAUUGAGGGCAUUAUGGGAUACACCUUCCAGGAAGAAGAUGUCAUUCAACCAGUCAGCUUCCUGAAUGAACUUCGUUCACUGACAGUAGUGACAACUACACCGGCCAGUACUACGGUGACUUCUGCAAUCCCAAUAUCUGGUUCAGCGGUGGUCACAAGCAGGCUGUUAUUCAACUCCUCAUCUCCAGUCCCCAGUGCAGCUCUGGUCCUCAGUGCUGUCAACACUCUUCUCAACUCCAGAGAACCACAACUCAAUAAAUCAGUGAAAAUUGUGAACGUCACCUAUGAGAAACUCUCAGAAACCUCAUAUGCCAUCAUCUUUACAUUAAAUGUGACCAAUAUCACGAUGCCUGAAGACCCUGCACUGAAAAAUAAUAACUACAAACAAGUGGAGGAUAGCAUCAAUAAUGCAUUGAAUACUCUUCUGAAUGAACCUACAAGUGCACCUUUACAACCCAAAUCAUCAAACUUCACGAGCACAUCUAACCUGAUUGAGGGCAUUAUGGGAUACACCUUCCAGGAUCAAGAUGUCAUCCAACCAGUCAGCUUCCUAAAUGAACUUCGUUCACAGAAAGCACCGACGACUACAAUGGCCACUUCCACUGCCAGUUCUACUUCUGCAGUUCCAAUAUCUGGUUCAGCAGUGGUCACAAGCAGGUUGUUGUUCAACUCCCCAUCUCCAGUUCCCAGUGAAGCUCUGGUCCUCAGUGCUGUUAACACUCUUCUUAAGUCCAGAGAGUCACAGCUCAAUGAAUCAGUGAAAAUCGUUAAUGCUACCUAUGAGAAAGUCUCAGACAGCUCAUAUGCCAUCAUCUUUACAUUUAAUCUGACUAAAAUCAACAUGCCUGAAGACCCUGUACUUAAAAACAAGAGCUACAAACAAGUCGAGGAUAGCAUCAAUAAUGCACUGAAUACUCUUCUGAAUGAACCUACAAGUGCACCUUUACAACCCAAAUCAUCAAACUUCACGAGCACAUCUAACCAGAUUGAGGGCGUUAUGGGAUACACCUUCCAGGAUCAAGAUGUCAUCCAACCAGUCAGCUUCCUGAAUGAACUUCGAUCACUGACAGUACCAACGACUACAACAGCCAGUUUCACUGUGACUCCAGCAGUCCCAAUAUCUGGUUCAGCGGUGGUCACAAGCAGGCUGCUGUUCGACUCCUCAUCUUCAGUCCCCAGUGAAGCUCUGGUCCUCCGUGCUGUCAACACUCUUCUCACAUCCAGGGAGUCACAGCUCAAUGAUUCAGUGAAGGUGGUGAAUGUCACAUAUGAACAAAUUUCAGAAAGCUCAUAUGCAGUCACUUUUAAUUUUAAUAUUAUUCAACUCAACAUGCCAAGUGACUCUGGGCUUAGGAACAACACAUACCUGCAAGUAGAGGAUAUUAUAAACAAAGCGCUGAACACUCUUGUGAAUGAACCUAACAGUCCAACUUUAAAGCCCAAGUCAUCUAACUUCAAGAGUGCAUUAAAUCAUAUUGAGGGAAGUAUGGAGUAUGUAUUCCAAAAAGAUGACAUCCUACAACCAAUCAGCUUCCUACAUCAGCUUAGUUUAUUGACAGACACAACAACCAGCAGUCUAACAACAACAACAACAACAACAACAACAACAACAACUUCUCCACCAACUUUGAUGGGAGAGGUUACUAUAUUUAUUAAGCUUCAGUUUAUCACCCUGGGCCCAAUACCGAGUGAAGCUAGCAUUAUACCACUGGUCAAUUCUUUGGUCACCUCUCGUUUGCAAACUAAAGAUGCCACCACACAAAACAUGAAUGCGAGCUAUGUAAAUGUCACCUAUAACAGGAUUAGUGAUUCCUCCUAUGUCCUCAUAUUUGAAUUCAAAAUCAGCAAUGUGCCCAUGCAUGAGACAUUUGGACUGAGGAAUGAAACCUACAUUCAAAUCCAAACCUCUAUAAACAAUUUGCUGCCCAAAGUUCUGAAUGACCCCACACCUCCUCAAAUUGAAUUGAAUCAAGUGGUGUUCAACAAUAUUAAUAAUGAGAUUCAGGCCAAUGUUCAGUUUGUCUUCUCACAAAGUAAUAUAAACACAACCAGUACCUUGGUCAAAGAAAUUCUCAAAGCUAAUGAAGUUGUUACCACAUCUGCACCUGCUUUAACGACAGCCAGCACUUUAUUGAUAACCUCUCCUCCAACAUUGCUUGGGAAGGUGGUUAUAUACAUCAGCCUUGUAUUUAAAACAAAAGGCCCUCUGCCAAGUCAGAGCAACGUCCUUCAGAUGGCAAAUUCAUUGUUGUUGAGAUAUAAACUGAAAUCAAAACGAUCCAUCACAGAAAAAGACUUGCAAGACCUUGUGAACGGUGUCAAUGUCACUUAUACAAAACUUGACGAUACCUCGUUCUCUCUGAACUUUGGAUUUGAAAUCAGCAAUGUAACCAUGUCUGAGAAGGUUGAACUCAGGAAUGACACCUAUAUCGUGAUCCAGAGCUACAUAAACACCUUUGUGUCCAAGAUCCUAAAUAAAACAACAACUGUUGACUUUAACUUCAACCAAAUUGCUUUCCUGAGCAAUUCCUCCAUCAUUGAAGCCAAUGUCACAUACGUGUUCUCAGACAGUGAUGUUGGUGCUUUUGGCUUGGUCACCUCUAUUCUCGGAGCUUCCACCACACCUGCUCCAACCACCACUUACCCUACAGUUCUGAACACUACGAUUUCAAGCAACAGCACAAAUGCAGCAUGGGUUGUGGCUAUCAUUGUACCCUGUGCGAUUGUCAUCAUGCUUGUACCUUGCUGGAUUCUCCUUUGUUGUUUGCUGUGUGGUUGCUGUGCAGCAAUCAGAAGACGUUGGCACAGAAGACAGUCGUACAACGUGCAGUACACCACUCGAAACAGCCUCUUCUAGAGAAACUCAACAACAAAACCUGGAUGUCUAUAACAUGUAAACUAUUAUUUAAGGAAAUAUUUAUUUAUUUGAAAAUGAUGUUAAUGUAAUGAUGAACUUGUUUGUGUAAUGUUUGGGACAAAUGUAGAAUGUGUUGAUCACUUCUUUCUUCACACUUCAUGUAUUUUAUCCUCAUAAUAUAUUUAUUUGCUCCCUCCUGCAAAGUUUCCACAAAUCCACAUGAAUGUGAAUGUAUUUUCUGAGCUGUUGAUAUGGUAUUUUAUUAAAAGCAGUUUAUAUAAA